AUGUCGAGACCGACGGAAAAGUUCGACGAGGUUGAGGACGACGCGGAAUUGACUGAAGUAGCUGUUCCUCAGCCUGCGGACACGGAAGACCCUGGAAGCCCUUCGCUCGAGGGCGUGGAGCGGCGACUAAACAAACACGAGGACGAAGCUGCGCUCGGGGAACUGGCCGCACCUGAACCCGCCACGGAAAGAGAGAGGCAUGAAGACGAGGAGACCGGACAUGCUAGCGGGAGCUUGGAAGACACGCAAAAGCCAGCUGAUACGAGGCCCGAGAGGAAUAGGCCCGUACGGUGGGCAACGGAGCUCUACACUAUCUCAUGGCUGGUGAUCUUCUCGCUCCUGGGGACUCUGGCACGCUUGGGAGUAGUCGCACUCACUCUAUAUCCCAACUCGCCGUUCCCUAGUAGAGUGCUAUGGGCGAACUUGGGGGGAUCCUUGUUCAUGGGCUUCCUCGCAGAAGAUCGUCAGCUAUUCCAACAAGAGUGGGGAUCUCCAGACCCUCAAGCGCCAGCCUCGAACCACCUCAAGGUCAAGAAGACCAUUCCGCUCUACAUUGGCCUUGCUACAGGUUUCUGCGGCUCAUUCACAUCGUUUUCCUCCUUCAUGCGCGACUGCUUCCUGGCAUUGACGAAUGCCCUCCAAUCGCCAUCACCCACUUCGCCCUACCACGUCGAUACAAGUGUUGCGCAUCGAAACGGCGGCUUCUCGUUCCUAGCUCUUUUGGCUAUCAUGAUCAUCCACCCGGCAAUCUCUCUAGCCGCUCUUCAGGUCGGAGCACAACUGGCUCUGCUACUUCAGCCAGCAACGCCGACAUUACCCUUCAGUCUUUGCAGGAGGGUUCUCGAUCCGCUAGCUGUCCUCUUCGGCUUCGGCUGCUGGCUUGGGGCCGUCUUCCUGGCAAUCUGGCCCCCUGGGAACGAUGUCCAUUGGCGAUUUCGAGCAGCCAUGCCACUGGUGUUCGCGCCACUAGGUUGCCUUCUCCGCUUCUACGCCUCAAAACAUAUGAACGCCAUCAUACCCAGCUUUCCCCUGGGGACAUUCGCAGCCAACAUCCUUGGAACAGCCGUGCUGGGAAUGGCCUUCGACUUGCAGCACGCUGCUAGAAUUGGAGCAUCAGAGCCGAAUGCUUGCGUCGUUCUACAAGGAGUUAUGGAAGGAUUUUGUGGUUGCUUGACGACGGUGAGUACCUGGGUUGCUGAGCUUCACGGGCUGCGGCGGCGCCAUGGUUGGAUAUAUGGAUUGGCCAGUGUUGGUGUUGGGCUGGCGCUGAUGGUGAUCAUCAUGGGGUCGAUGGGCUGGACGGUUGGCUUCCUUCCUCCCGCAUGUAAUUGA